AUGAAGCUGACCGUGAAGAAAUGGCGUCUGCCGAAACAGAAAUCUUCGUGCGCGCCUGACGGCGUCAACACAAACGUCGACAACGACGUCACCCCGCCAGAAAGACGCACGUGGAACGUGUACAUGAUUAUCGGCUUCUGGGCCUCGGAUUACUUAUCUAUGCAGACCGUUGAGAAUCCGUCCAACUCGCUGCUCAUGGGAAUGACCUGGAAAACAGGUCUGAGCACGUCCAUGGUAGGCAUGGUGCUUAUCGGGCUGCCGUUGAUUUUCAACGGCGCCAUUGGAGCCGCUCUUCACGUCCCUUUCCCCGUCGCCGUGCGCUCGUCUUUUGGCUAUCAUUUUUCGAAAUUCGCAGUUAUCACCCGGUGCAUCACGGCAAUUUUCUGGCACUCGAUCCAGACAUUCUCGGGCUCGCUGGCAAUGACGGCCUGUAUCACGGCCAUCUGGCCCUCUUUUGGCCGUAUCCCAAACAAAAUUCCAUCCUCCAUGGGCAUCACCUCGCCGCAAAUGAUUGGCCAUUUUGUGUUUUGGUCAGUGCAGUUUCCCUUUCUUCUUAUCCCCCCACACAAGCUCAGAUGGUUCUUUAUUCUAAAGACUGUCAUAGCGGCUGCUUGUCUGGUCGGAACAGCGGCAGGAAUGGCCAAGAUGGCAGGAAACUCCGGCGACAUCUGGAAUCAGGAAUACACAGUUCAUGGAGCAGAACGCUCGUGGCUGUACGUGAAACUGCUAAACUCGAAUGUCGCCGGCUGGGCCACCAUGGCCACUAACAUAGCCGACUUCACUAGGUACAUGAACGACCGUUCUAAGGCACAAUAUGCGCAGGUCGUGGUGCUGCCUGCCUGGGCCACAUUUGUGACCAUGAUGUCUUUGGUGGCCUCCUCCGCCGGCAAAAUGGUGUACGGGUCUUACAUCUGGUCACCAACGGAGUUUGCAGAGCACUGGACCGCUACUGGCUCCAAAGGCCGUGCCGCAUCUUUUUUCGUGUGUGCCGCGUGGUGUAUUUCGCAAAUCGGCACGAAUCUUUCCGCCAACGUCAUAACUGGGGCCAACGACCUCGUCUCGCUGUUUCCAGAGUACAUCAACAUCCGUCGAGGAGCAGUGAUCAUCACUAUCAUUUCCGGCUGGGUGCUGCAGGCAUGGAAAAUUGAAAACUCGGCAGCUCAGCUGGUUACUUUUAUUUCCGGUCUUUCGAGCUUUUUGGCUCCCAUUACUGGCAUAAUUAUUGCUGAUUACUGGGUGAUAAAAAAACAGCACCUGGACGUCCCAGCCUUGUACGAUCCUAACGGUAGGUACAGCUACUACAAAGGAUUCAACUGGCGUGCUGCACUCGCAUUUCUGGCUGGCAAUGUGCCAUGUCUCCCGGGCCUGGCAUCAGAAGUCGGCAGCGUUUCUGUGAAUGCUGGUAUUUUGGAGCUAUGGUACAUGUCUUACUUUUAUGGGUUCCUCUCAUCGUUCGCAGUGUACAUUGUCACUAACUACUUCUGGCCAGAUAGACGGUCGCAGGUUAACGAGACAGUCUACUACAUUUAUGAGGACGAGGAGGUCGAAGAAGUGGACGUUGUCUUUGAGCCAAAAUUAAAAAAAUAG